UACUCUUCUUUUCCUGCCAGAUACAGCGAAGCAUUUAUACCACCACACUUUCACACCUUCGAUUCAUCCGAACUUUUAUCAAUACGCUACUUUUGUCGAAUCUCGACUACACACUCGCAUCUGCGAAACACAUACUCAAUCCAUCACUCACUCGUUCUCUCAGCACAGAGAAAAUACAACCUUACACGAUCAGCUACAAUCGGUCUGGGCACCUGCUGGAGCACUCAUCGCGAAAACUCGUGACCUCGGUCGCAACAGCAAACAUGUCAGACAUGUCGCAAGAAGACGCGGCCAUCAAGAUGUCCUCGACACCAAGCCCUACCGCGUCAAACUCUGCAAGCAGCACUUCUGCAUCCCGCCGACCACCCCGGAAAAGCACCCUGACACAGCAACAAAAAAAUCAAAAGCGACAACGCGCUACUCAGGAUCAAUUAGUCACGCUGGAGAUGGAAUUUAACAAGAAUCCCACACCAACCGCCACAGUUCGGGAGCGAAUAGCGGAAGAUAUCAAUAUGACUGAGCGAUCUGUGCAGAUUUGGUUUCAGAACAGGCGAGCAAAAAUAAAGUUGCUGGCAAAGAAGAGCAUCGAAACGGGAGAGGAUUGCGAUGCAAUUCCCGAGUCAAUGCGCCAAUACCUCGCAAUCCAGGCUAUGGAGUCGGGGAAAUCUUUGGGAGGGAAUUUUCUCGGCCGUUCUGGGCUCAUGCCAUAUGGCAAUGGGAGCCUGAUGAUGGGAGGGGAUCAGGGACCUCAGGGGAAAGUCGUCAUUCACCACCUGUCGUGCCGAUCAUUGAGCAUCGGAUCGUGGAGACGUGUGGGCCAAAAUGCCAUGGAUUUGAUCAUCUUCUACUCGCCAGAAAAGGGAUGCAUGACAUACUACAUUAACAACGACCAAGCAGGCUACAAGAUCGAGUACCCAUUCGCUUUCAUCAAAAAUAUCUUCCUGGAAAAUGGUGAUAUUGAAACUGGGAAGCCGGGUGGCUUGGUUGUGGAACUCAACCGACCCCCGAAUUUCUUUAUGGACUCUUCUGGAUCUGGUGGAUUUUUCCAAUGUGGCGACUUCACAGAAGACCAACAGGCGUCUCAGAUUAUGGUUCACCAUCUCGGCGGCCACCCUAAAGUUCUAAGUGGUCAAUUGGCCAAACUUGUGUCUCUUGAAUCCUUCAUGACCCGGCACAACCCGUUUGAACAACAGCAAUUGUCCGUUUCGGCACCUGUCUCCCCAACGGGCCAUCGCCCUGCCUCUCAACCAAACUACAAUGCCCAAGCUCAUGUUGGCAUGUUCCAAGAAGGAUGGGGCGUCAAUAUUCACCAAGGGCCUCGCGGUCCUGGCCACAAGAGACAAAGGAGUCGUUCCGUACCAAUGGCAGUCGACUUCUCUAUGUUCAACGCUCCUAUGCCGUCCUUUCUCAUUCAACAUCCUGGAGAGACACAACAACAGCACAAUCCGAAUAUCUUUGCCCCGGUCCCACAACAACCUAAUAAUUUAGGACCUCUGGGACCCAAUCUUCGGAUUGACACUUCGUCAGGAUAUGGGAUGGAUUUCAGACAAUAUCCCAUGUCCGCCGCUACGACAACAUCUCCUUCGGAGUUUGCAAGCCCUGGCUUCUUCUCUCAGGCCCCUGACUCAAGUGCUCUCCCCGCAUCCUCGUAUAACAAUACGCCAUACACCGUGCCAUAUCUAUCACCAAACCCUAUGGUCGAUCAGGCUGGAGGGAUGAUUCAACCUUCCGUUUCGCCAUUAUCAUUCAUGAGCCACGGUGACCCAGCAAUUGUUGAUCAAUCACCUCCUCUAUCAAUGAUGCAUCGAAGUGCUUCUGCAGAUGUGUAUAGCAUGUCUCACGACCACUCAAACGUCUCCGAUGACGGCAGUGGGCUGAAUGAGAUGUAUUCAAAACACUCGCUUAAUCUUCCGAUGCAUCCUCACUCUCCAGCAUAUGCGGAACAAACAGCAGCAGACAUGGAUAUGAACCAACUUGUAUCAUUCGACGAGAACCCAGCCAGUCUUUCUCCCGAGAAUAUUCCUCAAUAGGCCUGUUCUCGCUGAAGGCUGGCCCAAAACCUCUGAUAUAAGUUUGAAUGUGCUCCGGAGCUUGCAGCAUUCGGCGGCGCUAAGAAAUGUGGUUCACCACUGUCUGGGGCUGAAUUUUAUGUGAUCGAAGGGAAAUAUGGGAGGCGUUCCUGGAUGGUGUUUUAGUCAAUUGAUGUAUACACAUGACGGCCUAGCAGGAUUUUUUGUUCUUCAAUUCUUGUUUGAACUUGGCCCAGCUUA